AUGGCCAACGAAGCUUUUCCCCUCGAUGUUAUUCAAGAAGAAGAACCGGAGGAAGAUUUGGAAGAAUGGCAAAGGACAAACGACCCCGCUCAGCUAAAACAGCACCGUACGCAGGCCAAGAGAAUCCACACGAUGGCACUCAAUCAAGCUCUCCUUGCCGUCCGAAUGCAGGAAGAUGUUGGAACAAUCGAGAUUGAGCGAACAAGCCUGGUUCGUGCAUACGACAUCGUUGAAAGAAUUCACCGUCGCUACGUGGAAGUCUGCAAGUUCGACGGCGAAGAUCUAGACAGAGAAACCAGCUGGGGAAUUGAUAUUUCCAUCAAACACUCGAGGGCGUUAACCGACAUGGCCAACUACAUCGACUCUCUUCAGGCCCGCGCAAGAUCAGUUGCUGGUUCCAGCCGUAGUAGUGUUUCCAACCGUUCAUCAACCUCAUCGACACGACGUAAACUUCAGGAGGCCGAGCGGUUAGAAAAGGAAACGCAACUAAGGAUUCAACAGGAAAAAGCCGAAGCCUUACAACAAGCCGAAGAGGAAGAACGUAGAAAGCAGUUCGAACUUGGCAAGAUGCAGCUCGAAAUCGCCAGAAAGGCAGAGGAAAGGCGGGUUGAAGCAGCACGUAAGGAACGACAACUGAAAAUGGAGUUAGAGAAGCAACGUUACACUAGCUCCUUGUUACGUAAACAACUCGCAGACGAAUUAGCGGAAACCGAAGAGACGGAUGAAAUCGAAACGUCCGGGUUUGAUAAAACAGAUGUCUGGAAAACUUCUAACGUCCCAUUUCAUGCACCCGCUACGCCUGUUCCAGAAUUCUGCAUGCCGUACAGACCAGCAACGACAACGCAACCAUGCUCUCAACACGGGCCGGCUGCGUCCCAACAGCCGUUUACGUUUGACCAGCCAUCUUCGUCGUUUCCUAACUUGAACGUCAACGCCUCAAGCUACGCACCCACAAACAUAUUCGAUCGGGUAGCUCAGCAAAUCAACUCCAGCGCACGUCCGCCGUCACAUCCAACAAUCGCGAUGUCGGCGCCUCCCGUACACAACCGAUUUACGCAACAAACGUUUCCGUCCCAGAGACCAGUUCCUGAUUCGCAACCAACGGUGUACUCCCCUGAUGCCUGGAUAUUCACCGUGAAUCGUCAUGACGCACCUCCGACAUUUCGUUCAUCAUCGAGACCGCCGAAAGCUGAACCACCGAAGUUUGACGGCAACCCGAUAAACUGGCCUAUGUUUAUCCAGUCAUUCAAGGUUCAGAUCCACGACACAUGUUUCAGCGAUGCCGAACGUCAACAUCAUCUACGUGCAUGCCUGACGACCGAAAUUCAGAAGAACCUCGGUGAAGUUCUACUCAACCCUGGAUUAUACUCCUUUGCAUUGAAAGAGCUGCAUCGGAAGUUCGGAAAUCCAAGAAUCGUAUCAACCGCCUGCUCUUCAUUGCUUCUAAAGCUACCUUCGUUUAAAGAUAGCGACUACGAAUCUUUAAAGCAGUUUUCGUCCACACUCCGUUCAGUCGUCGCAACUUUGCAACUGGGUGGAUAUGGAUUGGAGCUACACAGCAGCACCACUUUGGCUCAAUUGGUUGGAAAAUUGCCGCCCAACCUACGCAGUAAAUGGGCCGAAGUGAGCUAUCGAAUUCAAGAUAGAUUGCCUACGAUACUCGACCUGGACACGUGGCUCGAUGACGUUACGAUGGCGGAGUAUUUCGUCCGUGUUGGCGUCGACCCCACAUUCCAGCAAGGCAGUCAUCCGAAGACUCGAGAAAACGUCCACAAAUCGUCUAACGAAAAACCGAAGAAGUCGACCACGCCCCCUAUGGUCUUCUCCACAACCGUAAACAUCGCAUCCUGCCCAUAUUGUGACGGUGCUCAUCGCCUUUACCUCUGUGAGAAGUUUAAGGCGUUAAAUCCCACGGAGCGAUCGGAGGUAGUCAAAGAAAAAAGAUGCUGUUACCGGUGUCUCGACGACCGCCAUCUAAGUUCCGAGUGUAAAAGGGAAAAGGAAUGUGGAACAGAAGAUUGUAAACGUCUUCACCACCCUCUUCUCCACGGAGCACCGAGGAUGUAUCCGAAAACGCCACAAUCGAGCCUGACGUCACACUCUUCUCGAAAGGGCCCAUUUAACGGCGCGGUCUCCUACGGCUACGAAAACGAAACGACCCUGCUGCCUAUCGUCCCUAUGGUAAUCGAAGCUAAUGGUCGAACCUGGACCGGGUACGGAUUGUUGGAUCCCGGUAGCCAAAUCUCAAUGAUAACCAACGCGCUUGCAAACGAAUUGGGACUUCAAGGCGAGAAGGGAAUUUCGAUAAUCGGAACGUACCACGGCCGCGACCCAACUGCACACACGACAAAGGUGUCCUUCAGAAUCUCGUCGUUGGACAAAAGCAGUUCUUUCGAAAUCCCGAACUGUUACUCCGUUCCUGUCUUAAAAAUCAAGAACGAAAACGUCGAUCUAAAGAAGCUUGUCAAGGAUUGGCCUCAUCUAGCUGGAUUGAAGGUUCCCGCCCAAAAUUCCGUGGACGUGAACGUGUUGAUCGGCUCGUGUGAUAUGGCUCCGCAAGAAGUCCUUGAAAUCAAAAGAGAUCCGUUGAACGAGCGAGCUCCGCGAGGUCUCCGAACAGCCUUUGGAUGGUGUAUAACCGGUCCGAUUUCUCCGGCCGCCGUUGCACAACUUCAGUGCAACUCGCUCUCAUUAGCGCCCCCACCCGAUCAAGAUCUUGUGAAUGCGAUCGAUCGCUUUCUACUCACCGAGACCUACGAAGCCCGAGCAGGUGUCAAGGUGCCGGUCAGCGACGAUGAAUUACGUGCAAACAAGAUCCUAAACGAAACGACAAGAUUCGUAGGCGAUCGUUACGAGUCGGGACUCCUCUGGAAAAACGAAGAGCCGAACCUCCCCGACAACAGCCAGUCUACACUAGCUCGCUUCCUAAAGCUAGAACGAAGACUCAUCGCCGACGAAAAUCUUGGUAGAAGAUACUCCGCUGCAAUCAACGAAUACAUCAGCCUUGGUCACGCCCGAAAACUUUCAGCCGAGGAGGUCGAUUACCGUCCAGCUGGCCGUACCUGGUUUCUACCUCACCACCCUGUGAUAAAUCCGAAGAAACCUGACAAAUGCCGCCCAGUUUUUGAUGCCUCCGCGUACUACAAGGGAAUGUCGCUGAACUUUGCCCUGCUGAAAGGACCUGACCUGCUAACCAACUUAAUUGGUGUGUUGCUACGUUUCCGGCAACAUCCGAUGGCAUUGAGCGCGGAUAUCGUAAAGAUGUUCCACCAAGUAAGAGUGCGGCCACAAGACGGGCCGGCACUUCGCUUCUUCUAUCGCGACCCGGGUAUACAGGAACCGCCCUCCGUUUACCAAAUGAAUGUGCAACCCUUCGGCGCAGUUUGCUCCCCGACAAUUUGUGCUCACGUUCUACGUCAAGCAGCCGAAGACGGUGGGAUUGAUGCAGCCGACGCUACGAAACAAGUAAUCGACCAUUUCUACGUGGACAACUGGCUGACGUCAUUCCCAACUGCCGAAGAAGCUAUUCAGCAAGCGAAAAGGGUGACAAACGUUCUACGUCGUGGAGGAUUCGAGCUCGCCCAGUGGGGCUCAUCAUGCCCGAAGGUUCUGCUGUCGUUGCCUGGCAACCCAGUUUCGUCUAUCGACUUAGCGCUACACGGAAUGCCCAUAGAACGGACGUUGGGCCUCUCACUCGACUACGGUAGCGACUCGUUCGUAGUGAGCGCAAGCAUUAAACUGGAUGGAGAGACGAAACGUGAAAUACUACGAGAAACGUCAAGCGUCUACGACCCAUUUGGUUUUCUCUCACCGGUGUUGCUACAAGCUAAACUCAUUCUGCAAGCUGUAUGCAGAAAAUCGGUUGGCUGGGACGAUCAACUAGACCAGACGACCAUCGAUGAGUGGCAAAAUUGGGCCAUCUCCUUCUCGAAGCUAAACCCGCUUUCCGUCCCACGAUGUUUUUACCCAGAGCUACCAAAAGCACGAGGUGUGGGACUGCAUCUGUUUGCUGACGCCUCCGAAUCAGCGUUUGGUGCCAUUGCCUAUCUCCGUUUGGACAUCCCCGACGGCGUUAAAGUGUCAUUCGUUAUGGCCAAGGCAAGAGUAGCACCUAUCAAAUACGUUUCGAUACCCAGACUUGAGCUGUGUGCAGCAUUACUCGCCGCCCGCCUAGCAUCAGUGAUCAAGUCAGAACUUCGACUAAAAAUCGACCAAACCACAUUUUGGUCAGAUUCGACAACGGUUUUGAGAUGGAUCAACUCCCCACACUAUCGGUUUCAUAUUUACGUCGGAAACCGAAUAGGCGAAAUAUUGGAGCUGUCCGAAAGUAGUCAAUGGCGUUACGUCCCUACGGCUCAAAACCCAGCAGAUGACGUCAGCCGCGGCGUCACGUCAUCUGAAUUUUCCAUCGAACAUCGUUCUUCACCGGGAACUAACGAAGUAGAGGAUCCUGAAGUUCGCUGUACGAGAUGGGUUGGUGUGAUUCUACACGUAAACGAUUCCAUCGACCAGCUCACCACGUACACCUCCCGCUAUCCGUUUUUAGUCGGCGUUGUCGGCUACGUCAAACGUUUCAUCAGUAACGCUCGUAAAGAAAAAACUCAUCGCGAAUUCGGCAAAUUAUCGGAAACCGAGGUCAAGAAUGCGGAAGCAGAAUUGUUUAGGCGCGCUCAGAUGUCUGCCUUUCCAGAAGAUUAUAGCAAUUUAAAAGAGGGAAAGCAGCUCGAUCCUGGUUCAAGCCUAAUCACGUUAACGCCAUUCAUCGACCAUCAAAGAGUUUUACGAGUCGGAGGACGUAUUGAAAAUGCUCCAGCUCCACCUGAAGCUCGCCAUCCGAUCAUACUUCCAGCUGAUGAGAAAAUCACAAAGUUGCUAAUUUAUAGUCUCCACCUCGAGUUCGCACACUCCACUACAGAGAGAACCUUUCACGAGUUACGAAAGGUUUACUGGGUUCAACGUGGACGAAAAACGGUGAGAAGAAUUAUCAGCAAGUGCUUCAAAUGCAAGCAACACUACGCAAAAGCACUCUGCCCGAUGAUGGCCGCCCUUCCCGGUUACCGUCUGAAGCCUUUCUACCCCGCCUUUACACACACCGGAGUAGAUUUCUUUGGCCCGUACAACGUAAAGAUAUUCAGACGGAAAGUAAAACGCUGGGCCUGUUUGUUUACUUGCAUGUCAUCAAGAGCCGUGCACUUGGAAAUGGCAUACUCUCUUGACACUUCGUCAUUCAUCAACUGCAUCAGUCGCUUUGAAGAUCGCCGUACGACUUCGCAACAUUAUCACAGCGAUAAUGGCACGAACUUUGUUGGAGCUGUGCGUGAAUUCUCCGAGUGUCUUCGUCGGAUGGAACAACUAGCCAUAAGAGAUGGACGAAAACGAAGAACAGUGACCUGGAGUUUCAACCCACCUACCGCGCCACAUUUUGGUGGAACUUGGGAACGUCUAGUUCAGUCGUCAAAACGUGCCUUAAGAUUCGUACUUAACGAACAAACCCUGACUGACGAUACCUUAGUCACCACGUUAAUUCAAGUGGAGAAACUUCUCAACGGCCGCCCGUUAACGUAUGUAAGCGUAAACCCGGCGGAUCCCGAACCCAUCACGCCAAACCAUCUUCUCCUUGGACACGAAAAUCCGUACGUACCCUUCGACAUGUUCGACGAAAACGACAUGACGACCAAAAGGCAGUACCGCGUCGCUCAGUACCUCACGGAUUGUUUCUGGAGACGUUGGAUGAGGGAAUAUCUGCCCAGCCUUACGGAAAGACGGAAAUGGCUAUACGGACAAAAGAACCUCAACGUUGGCGACAUCGUGAUCGUUAUCGAGCCAGACACACCCCGUGGAGAAUGGCCCAUCGCUCGUGUCGUCAAGGUGUUCUCUGGACCAGAUGGCGUGGUCCGCUCCGCGAUCGUUCACCUACGUUCGGCCACCAAAACCUCCGAACUUCAUCGCCCAGCUGUGAAACUCUGCUUGUUGGAGUCUUGGGAUACGGAUGGUGCGUCCGCUUACGAACGCAGGGCCGGCUAUGUUCCGAAUCCUACAGCCCCAAAUAGUUAG